AUAUCUCAUCCUUUCAAAGCAUUUCUCUCAACAGAUUAGACAAAGAAAACCUAGAUUUGAUCGACGCACCAUCUCUCUCGCUUUAUCAACUCACCAUAUCAAUUCCAUGGCGGGGAAGAGGUUAUUUCAAGAUCUUGAGUCAGAUCUAGAAAAUAAAUCCGAGAAACGAUUCAAAUCUCUACCACUCUUUGCCUCUUUCAGUGUGUUUGGAGCACUGAAUUCAGAGAACACCGUGACAAGCUUCUCGUCAGCCCUAGUGCCUCUUCUCAGAAACGUUGUAAGACAAGAAGUGGAACGUGGAGUAAGUAAAAGACUUCGAUCAUUUUCUCGGUCAUCUUCGUUUCGAGUUGAAGCUCCGGAGAACAUUGCUCCGACAUUGAAGCUAAUGUUCGCUAAGAAUAUACAGACGCAACCAAUAUUCACGGGAAGUAAAAUCACUGACGUGGAUAACACUCCUCUCCAGGUCAUCAUCGUGGAUGGUUCAAACAAUGAUCACCAGAUCGUUCCUGUGAAUCUCGACCGUCCGAUCAGACUAGACAUCGUUGCUCUGCACGGAGAUUUUCCUUCGGGUGAUAAGUGGAGUAGCGAUGAGUUUGAGCGUAAUAUCGUCAAAGAAAGAGAUGGGAAACGGCCGUUAAUUGCUGGGGAAGUAACUGUGACGGUGAGGAACGGAGUAGGAACGAUCGGAAAUAUUGAGUUUACAGAUAACUCGAGGUGGGUUCGUAGCCGUAAGUUUAGAAUUGGCGUGAAAGUUGCCAAAGGGAGUAGCGAGCAAGGCGUUGCAGUUUGUGAAGCGAUGACUGAAGCAUUUGUUGUUAAAGAUCACCGUGGAGAACUGUACAAGAAACAUCACCCACCAAUGUUAGAAGACGAAGUGUGGCGGCUAGAGAAGAUAGGCAAAGACGGCCCCUUUCACAAGAAGCUCUCGUCUGAAAACAUCAACAAUGUUCAAGACUUUUUGAAGUUAUCAGUCGUUGACCUUAAUAGACUCCGUCAGAUUAUGAGCCAAAUGUCUGAUAAAAUAUGGGAUGUCACACUGAAACAUGCUAGAGAGUGCAUUUUGGGAAACAAGUUGUACAUUCACAGUGGACCCAGUUUUUUCUUGACCUUGAAUCCGAUAUGCGAAGUUAUGGAAGCAAAAAUCAACGGUCAAGUUUUUUCCAGUCGAGAAGCACUGAAUCAGCACCAUAUUAAGAACUUAGUUCGAGAUGCCAACUCAAAGUGGAAUUUGUUAGAAGUGAUGGAAAGAAAAACGAACAAGAUUCCUCUUUUGACACAAGGUGAUACUAUGGAGCAGCAAUAUGGUCCAAACCACUACCACAACAACAUGGAAAUCAAUAGAUCGUAUCAACAAAACGGAUAUGCUCCAGAGAGAUCCACCAACACUUUGGAGAUGAUAAACGAAGGUUAUACUACAAUGACUCCAAUGGAAUACGGUAUAUAUUUCAAUAUUACCGGAUCGUCGUCCCAAGAUCAUCUUAACCCUUUUGGUUAAUCCUCAUCUAGUACGCCUCUUGUGCUCUCUAACACGAUGCUUAGACUCAUUCCAAAUGAGAGUUUUAGUCUACUACUUGGUAGAGACAGAAGUUACAUAUAUAUACAUACUUGUGGAUCAUUAUUGAACAUAGAUGUGUGAUUUUUUUUCUUCAAAAAAGAGUAGUAAUAUCUAGCUGAAUGGUGUAUCAUAUGUUUGCGUUUUCGAAAUGAAAACGUGUUUCUACU